AUGCUGGUUUCCUUGUGUGCCUGCUUAGGUCUACAAUCUGGAAAGAAGGGGAGACCUUCAAGGUCUCUUUGUUUUCUGUUGAGAGGGAACCUAACCAGAGAAAGGGUAAGGAGAAUCGGAACGCAGAAAUCAUAUAAGGGGUUAGCUUACCAACCAUACAGGAACCACAAAACGCUUCUUCUCUUGCUCACCAACAUAAAUUGCUAAAUAGCCUUUCGGAAUGUCCAUACAUUUGGUUGUGCUGCUUCCAUUGGAUAAUGAUCUUCUGAGAAUUUGUUUUGCUUGAAUGAUCCGAGGAAAAAGGAUGGCCAUUUUUAAGGAUGGUAGUUUCUGUUCACUUCUAAAUCCUGAUUGAGGAUGGAAACUCUCAAAGCAUGCACGUCUUCUUGGUGAAAAGUUGUGAAGGAUUUCAGAG